AUGUACUCUGUCGGAAGCUUCUUCUCGACCGUUACAAAAUUCUAUAAUGAGAUCAACCCUGCAACCCUCUCGGGCGCCAUCGACAUCGUCGUCGUCGAGCAGGCCGACGGCGACCUCGCCUGCUCGCCCUUUCACGUGCGCUUUGGCAAGCUCAGUGUGCUUCGACCCCAGGAGAAGGUGGUCGAGGUCCGCGUCAAUGGCGAGGUGAUCCCCUUUCCGAUGAAGGUUGGCGAUGCAGGAGAAGCCUUCUUCGUGCUCGAGACGAAUGACUAUGUCCCGGACGAAUUUGCAACGUCGCCCAUCGCUGGUCCGACUGACGAAACCGACUUGGCGCCCGUGGACUACUUUGAUCUUAAUGGUCAGCAUCGACAGCAACAGGGACACCAAAAACUACUCGAGGGCACAGGAGGAGAGUAUCCUCAGGCAGACGAAGACACUCUACUCGACAAUGGGUACGUGAGUGCAGCUAGUGGCCAUGGCUCCGCUUUCGAGGAAAGUUUCAAGGACGACAGCGACCACGAUUCCGUGUCCUCCUUCGCGAAGACAAGCGUCAGCAGAGAUACUCUGCAGGACAUGCCCGGUUCCUUCAGUCACACCAUCGAGUCCCUUCAGGAGCCAGAAUCGCCCCUGCCCACCGAACCCUCGCCCUCUCGACCACGGCCUACCCGGGACGAAAAGCCAUCCCAGGAAGCGGAAGACAAGGAGGCCUCCACUGCCACGGCGGAUACCUCCUCCAAGGACGAUAUUUCCUUUCCUACCAACGUGAUUUUUCCAACAGUAGUACACCAAUCCUUGCCCAAUGGAACUCGUGAGGAUGGAGUUGCUCUCGGCAAUUCCCAUGGCACACCUCGUACGCGUCGUAAAAGUGAAGUGUUGUUGGAUAUGACGGGAUACAAGACGGAUUCUUGUUCAGAAUCAUCAGACGACGAAGACGAUCUCCCGCGUGGCAUCCUUUCGGAUAGCGAGCGUCAUCAUCGUGGUCUGCGGAAGAGAUUCGGCAGGAAGAGCUCUCAUCUCUCAAAGGAGCAGCGUCAGCAACUUUUGGAUGAUAUCAGACAGGGCGUAUUCAUGAAGCCCGAAGAGAAUUUUGUGAGCACACAGAUGGAGCGUCAGGCAGCUAGAACCGCUCGGAAAAAGAAGAGGGCCGGCAUUCCGACUGGUUGGCAAGGAAGAAAAGGAAGAAAAAGGGCUAACAGCAUGCCAUCCAUUGGGGAGUCAGACGUACCAUUCCCGACAAUCGCUCGCAAUGUGGAGCGCCUCAAAGAUCCUCAGCCUAAGAACGCAGCCGUUGCAGCAGAAGUCUUGCCUAAACGGGAGCAGAGACCUAGUGUUAUGAGCGAUACUGAAAUGGAGUACGAGACUGGAAAGGCUCCUGCCAGCAUUCAAGGCAAGCAGUGGACAUGGGGAUGGGGCAGUCUGCCAGUAAAGCAGGACAACCCCGACGAGGACGAUGAGAUUAAGGAGGAGGCUCUCAAGCCUAUGGCACCUGAAGUACCUGUUGAGAUUGAGACUAAGGAAUUCCAGAUGGGUUCAGUCACCUGCCAUGUAGCACUAAGUCUUUGUGGAGAAGAGGAGUUCGGGAAGGAUCUUGCUGCUGGCCACAAAGCGUUCCAGAAUGCACAGUUGACCUUUGAAGCCUUCACGAAAGAUCCAGCGGCUGUGUUGGCUGACAAGAGACUUGUUUGCUACAUGGAUGGUCGCUUCUAUACUUGGAACAACGCCGUGCCUCAGCUUGUAUCCCUGCUUUUCUUCCAUCAACCCCUAGCUGAUACUGCCAGCCACGAUCUUAAAGAUCAGAAGGCUCUCACCGCUGGCGACAGACCCACCUCUACUCGAUUUGGCACCAUCUCUCGUUGGUUCAGGAAGACACCUGCAGGCAGUAAUUCUUCCCCUUCGACCCCAGAUGUGAACACCGCGGCGACAACGGUUGCCAAUGAUCAAUCCGGUGCUGUGGCUGUGGGUUCCGACGAUGACGACGUGCGCCCUGUCAAUAAAGCGCUAAGGAGCAAGUCCCUGCCUCCUCUCGAGACUGGUCGGGAGAAUGGGCACGCUCACACCCAUGCUGCCGUCCCCGCACUCUCGGAGAAAUCUGUAGAUGGAUCUGAGGACAAGAAGCGGUAUGCAAAGACACUCCGUUUGACCUCAGAGCAAUUGCGCUCGCUGAAUCUGAAGAAGGGAGCGAACACGGUCUCAUUCUCGGUAUCGUCGGCUUACCAAGGAACAGCAACGUGCGUUGCCAAGAUCUUCUUGUGGGAUUAUGACGCUCAGGUCGUCAUCUCUGACAUCGACGGCACCAUCACCAAGUCGGAUGCCUUGGGACAUAUCUUUGCCAUGGCAGGACGCGACUGGACUCAUCUCGGCGUCGCCAAGCUAUUUACAGACAUCCGGAGCAACGGAUAUCACAUCCUGUACCUGACAUCCCGCGCCAUCGGUCAGGCAGACUACACGCGCAAGUAUCUGCAAAAGGUCGAGCAAAACAGCUACCAGCUUCCCGACGGCCCUGUGAUCAUGAGCCCAGAUCGUCUCUUCUCUGCAUUCCACCGAGAGGUAAUUAUUCGAAAGCCUGAGGUGUUCAAGAUGGCAUGUCUCCGCGACGUCAAGAAGUUGUUUGGAGACAGGAACCCGUUCUAUGCCGGAUUCGGAAACCGUAUCACCGAUGCUCUCUCCUACAGAAGUGUCAACGUGCCGCCUUCUCGCAUCUUUACCAUUGAUUCCUAUGGCGAGGUGAAGCUGGAGCUGCUGAGCGCCUUUAAGUCCUCGUAUUUGGCACUGAACGAUCUGGUGAACGAAAUCUUCCCUGGACAACGCGUGGCCCCCGAAUUCAACGACUGGAACUAUUGGAAAGCAGAUUUGCCAAAGAUCGAAUUACCAGAUCUUCCAAUAGCCCCCAACAACUAUGGCAUGACCAGCUCUUCGGCCUCGCUGCUGUCCUCAACAACAAGCGUUGCUAAGAGAGUGGUGUUAAUGACACACUCUUCCUCCAGCAAUAGCCUUCAACCGAUUUCCCCCACUGCACCUUCAGCUGACUCAAAAAGCAAGCGGGCCUCAUACGAAAGAGGCUCCUAUACUGGUGCCCUUCUCCGCCGCCAAGAGUCGCCGACAAGCGACGAGGAAGGCCAGGAUCAGCAUCAAGGUCAGGAGGAUGGAGCGUCACAAACGGAUGGACAGUCAUUGAGGGACUCCAGGAAAAUCAGAGCUAAUUCGCCUUCGAUGCUGUCGGCCCUUGUCCCCACUCGCCUAAUUCGUGCUGUCCGAAGCGGAAGCGGGAGUGCCAGCAGUCAGGCGACACAUGUGCCUCAACCGACUACGGUUACGGCUACAUCUACUCCGCAUUCUCCGGAGAUGGCCUACGCAGGUGAGGAAGUAGUACGCCCAGUAUCGAUUCCUUCGCCUCCUCCUCUGGAUGGCCUGCUGCAAACAAACGAGGACGUUGCCAAGUCAUCCAAGAAUUCCCUUGACCAGCAUGUUGCCCAUAGGACCGGACUGACGGAUGAUCUGGUGUCGGUCAAGCAGGAAGAAGAGGACGAGGACGCAAUGGCAUCGAGACUGCUUCAACGACCUAGCGAGGGUUUCGACGAGGCUCUUUUGGGAGAUGAGGAGGAGUAUCAGGGUGACUAUGAGGAUGGGGAGUAUGGCGACGAGGAAGACCAGGAUGACGAGGACGACGAAUACCUGGAUCAGAUCGAGGAGGGUCUGGAGGAGCCCUUCCUGUGA